CCAUUUUUCUCCAAAAAGUUAAAAGUUUUCCUGUUUUGUUUCGCCUUCCGAUCUCUUAUCUUUCUUUCUUUCUUUCUCGGGUUCCCAUCUCCCUCAAAUUGGGAACCUGAAAAUCGAUUCCUCAACUUCACAAUCAUUCCUUCAGAAUGGGUCUAAAGCUCUCAAGAGGGCCUGGAAAAGAGAAAUCAGGUCUAGAACUAAGGCCUCACAUUCUGACUUACCUAACCACAAAUUCUUACCUACGUAACUUGGUGUCCAAGAAACGAAGACGGUUAACCAUGGGUGGAUAUGAUCUCGACAUGUCUUACAUCUCUGACAAAUUGUUGGCUAUGUCCUUUCCCGCUGAACGAAUGAGAGCAGUGUAUAGAAACCCUCUUUGGCAAGUCAAGUCCGUGCUUGAUAUGCGACAUCAUAAUCACUACAAGGUCUACAACCUAUGCAUAGAAGAAUGUUACGAUCCAGAAAACUUUUACGGCCGCGUGGAGAGAUUCCCAUUUGAUGACAACCAUGUCCCAACUCUUAAAAUGAUCCAACUUUUCUGCGAAAGUGUUCAUUCUUGGCUCUCUUUAGAUCCCAAAAACAUCGCAGUGGUGCACUGCAUGGCAGGAAAAGGCAGAACAGGACUAAUGGUGUCAGCAUACCUUGUCUACGGUGGAAUGGCAGCUGAGGAAGCUCUAGAGAUGUAUGCAAGCAGAAGAACCACAAACAAUAAUGGAGUCUCGAUACCAAGCCAGCGUCGUUAUGUGAAAUACUGGUCACAUUUACUCUCGUUUGGUAAAAGAAUUGGAAACAGACCUCCCGAGGUUAAAUUACCUCAAGAACAUAGCAGAGAGUUGCUAAGAAUUAGACUUUACGAUACCGUCAAUGUUGAUUCCGUCUUCUUUGUGGUCUCAGAACUUCAGGAGGUUCCGAAUGAGAUGUAUCCACCAUCUGUAGAACUUUCAAGAGGUUGUUGUAGACAAUUCAAGAAAGGCUACUGUAGAAGCUUGAGUCCACGUUAUUAUAUAUCUCAUUCCCAUAUGAACUGUGAUUCCGAAGAAGAUGAGGUGCUAACAAAAAGAAAAGAACCGCGUCUUGUUGUUCAAAUGGAUACAGAGAGUUCCAUCAUCGACGAGAAAACAUGUCUUGACUUCUACUUUGACAAACCUGUCAGGGUGAGUGGAGACAUACGCAUCACAUUCUAUCAGAAAAUGAUUGGAAGCCGUCUCUUUUAUACUUGCUUCAACACAGCCUUUAUAACCAAUGGCUUGCUUCAGUUUUCCAUAGGAGAGCUAGAUAAAGUUGGUGGUAAUGGAAGAUCAAUAUCUGGUCCUGACUUUAGCUUGGAGUUGCUUUUUACUCCAGCUAGUUCCAAAUCAGGAAAGCUUCUUUCCCGAGAUGACCUGUGUCUCCCUUGAGGCCUCUGUUUUCAGCUCCUUCAAACCCGAGUCGUUGAAGCCAAAAAGAGUUAUGAAUACUCAGCUGAUGCUACAAACACCUCCAUUGCUUACACCGGCAUUUCUCCUGUACAAAAGCAGAGGCAAAUGAGAAAUCUUGAAACACUAGCAGCAAGUAGCUAAUGCAAAUGGCACAUAACAUAUAGUUUUCUCAACAAUCUUUGUUUCUUUGGGUAGCAGGUACCGUAAUUUUGGUAAAUGAUAGACAUUAAUGUAAUAU